AUCCCAAAAGAGAGGUCUUUCUUUCGAGUUAUGAAAUCACUUAAGUUAAAAAAGCAAGUCGAUGAUGUCAUAAGUCAAACGGUCGGGUGAGGCAAGAAUCCUUCACUACACUCACAAGACUUGUGAGAUUCAUGAGACACAAAAUUAAAAGUUUAAGAAUUUAUUAGACACGUUUUAAAGUUCAAGUACUAAACUUAUAAUUUAACCUUUAUCCAUACCCAUAUUCAUAUAUAUAUAAAGCUUACCCCCAUGAUUUAAUGAAAGAGUAUAUGAUUAAUGGUGAACAUUAAUCAAAAGCAAAACUAAAGGGCCCACCAACCACUCCCUAAUUAACCUAUCUUACCAACCCACAUCUAGAAGCUUAUCAAAAUCUCCUCUCUUUCUCUCUCCUCCUCUCUUUCUCUCUCCUCCUAUGAGUCAAAACUCUAUUAAAGCUCAUGCCCCAUUCCCCCCCACAAUAAAGUUCCAAAAUUCAACAACUCUUCUUCUUCUUCUUUCUUUCUCAUAUGUAUUUAUAAAUUGCCUUUUCUUUCUUCCAUUGUUCUUUAACUUCUGAAAACCCCAUCGACCCAAUUCAAGAUUUGCAAAACCCACAAGGAAUAAAGUGAAAAAAAGCAAAAAAUUCCACCAUGGGAAGGUCUCCUUGUUGUGAGAAGGCUCAUACAAACAAAGGGGCUUGGACCAGGGAAGAAGACGACCGUCUUAUUGCUUAUAUCAAAGCUCACGGCGAGGGCUGCUGGCGCUCCCUCCCUAAGGCCGCUGGCCUCCUCCGAUGCGGCAAGAGUUGCCGCCUUCGAUGGAUCAAUUAUCUCCGCCCUGAUCUUAAACGUGGCAAUUUCACUCCACUUGAAGAUGACCUCAUCAUCAAACUUCAUAGCCUCCUUGGAAAUAGGUGGUCUUUGAUAGCGGGAAGAUUACCUGGACGAACGGAUAACGAGAUAAAGAACUAUUGGAACACCCACAUAAAACGAAAGCUUUUAAGCCAAGGAAUCGACCCAACGACUCACCGGUCAAUUAGUGGCUCAUCGAUAGCGAAACAUCCGACGACCACCAUAUCCUUUGCUUCCAAUUUCGCCUUGGAGGAUCAGGAAGAUGGAAAGAAACCAGUUAUGAAUAGUUACAAUCCGGUCGAAGAAGAACAGUGCUUGGACUUGAAUCUCGACCUUAGAAUCAGCCCGCCACCGUACACGGCGGCGACCAUGAAGAACGAAGGGAGGAAUAGUCUUUGCUUCUUUUGCAGUUUGGGGUUUGAGAAUAAUAAGAAUUGUAGCUGUGGAAAUGGCAAAAUUAUUGCUUCUAGUGAUGGUAAUGGUAAUGGGUAUGAUUUUUUAGGAUUGAAAAGCUGUGUUUUGGAUUGUAGAAGUUUGGAGAUUAAAUGACAUUUAGAAUUUGAUUUUUUUUUAGGGUUCUUUGUGAUAAUUCAAAUUAUAAUGUGAAAUUCCGAUUCGGGUAUGCAUGAUCA